AUGAUUACGCAGCAAAAAAAUUUUAAUUUUUACAAUGUUAUUUACUGUUUCUCAGUUGAAAAGAGCAUUGCCAACAAUUCGCCGGUGGUCCCGCCAAAGGAUGACUAUUCCAAUGUGUCGACCAAAAUUAACGAAAAAGAGCUUUACUCAUUUGUACUUGUUGGAGCUACAGGGGACUUGGCCAGGCGCGAGAUCUACCCAGCCCUGUGGGAGCUCUACCGAGACAACCUCUUGCCAGACAAGACCCGCAUCUAUGGCUUCGCUCGCAGCAACCGCACCAUCAGUGACAUCCGAGAGCGCGUCCAGCCCUUCGUUGACCUGAGACCCCAGGACAAAGCUACAUACGAGAAGUUUUGGUCGGUCAACGAGUACAUCGGUGGCUCGAGCAACCAGACGAUCGACUACGAGACCAUGGCCCGGCUGCUCGAGGACCGUGGGGGUAACCGGCUGUUCUACCUGGCAAUACCACCUUCGGGCUUUGCCGAGACCGCGGCCCAGCUGCCACGGAAGGGACCCCCCGGGAGUUGGACGCGCCUCGUGAUCGAGAAGCCCUUCGGGAGGGACUCGGAGAGCUCCCAGCAGCUCACGGAGCAGUUGGCUCGGCUCUUCGAGGAGGAGCAGAUCUACCGGAUGGACCAUUUUCUCGGCUACGAGAUGGUGCAGAACCUGGUGGCGCUCAGAUUCGCCAAUCGCGUGCUCGAGCCUGUCUGGAGCCGUGAGCACGUAGCUGCCGUCGAGGUUGACUUUAGGGAAAACCUUGGGGUCGAGGGCCGGGGUGGCUUUUUCGAUGAGAACGGAAUCAUCCGGGACGUCGUGCAGAACCACCUUAUGCAGAUAGUGACGCUCGUUGCCAUGGAGAGGCCAGAGUCCGUGCACCCGAAUGACAUUAGGGACGCCAAAGAAGCCGUUCUGAAGAGCAUAAAGCCAGUUACGUUGAGCAAAGUUGUCAUAGGCCAGUACAUCGGUAACCCCGAGUCCGACGAUCCCAGAGAGAGAAUCGGUUAUCGGCAAGACCCGACGGUUCCCGAUGACUCCAUUACCGCAACUUUUUCUCUUACGGUACUCGACAUCGAUAAUCAUCGCUGGCGAGGCGUGCCAUUCAUCAUUAGAGCCGGCAAAGGUUUGGAUACCAACAAAACUGAGGUGGUCGUUCAGUUCAAAGACGUUCAUAACAACUUGUUCAACAAUGAGACAAUGAGGAAUGAAGUCGUUAUAAGAAUCAAGGAAUCGGAAGCUCUGCAGUUGAAGUUGAUGUCCAAGACUCCUGGCAUUAAUACUCAAAUCGAGGACAUUUUGAUGGACUUUGAUUAUCGAAAGGAAUUCAAUGGUACCGAUAAUCCUGGUGCUUACAAGAGAUUGAUUUUGGACGUAUUCAAUGGCUCCCAGACAAAUUUCGUGCGAAGUGACGAGCUCAGUGAGGCCUGGAGAAUCUUUACACCGAUACUUCAUGAACUUGAGGGAAAAAAGGUUCAACCCAUCGAGUACAAAUUUGGUUCAACAGGCCCAAGUGAAGCUGUGGAUUUAGAGAAAAAGUUCAACUUUAUCAGAAAAUAAUUAUCAUAGUACAUGGGGCAAAGGAUAAACAAUAGAUUAUUGUAUGAGAUGAUUCUUUUGAAAGCAGUGUAAAA